CUUCCGUAUGGUUCAUUUGUUCAGGGGUGGUCAAGCCCACGAGAUUCAAAAAUUGAAAAAGAAAACAAAUUGUAAAGAGUUUAAGAAUACGAUGUUUUGAUUCAAAAAUUUCCCGUGCGUGGCUUCGACGUCUAAAAAAAAAAAAGACCGGUUCCGUAUUCUGCUGUCCGAAAAACAACGUUAUAGUGCGAUUAAUAGACAGCAUGCUAACCUAGCUAAGCUAAUAACACAGGGGAGUUAGCGUUUCCUUGUCGACUGUCGUCAACAAACCGUUGUAUGCCUCAAGAGCAUCUGAUUUGAUUAGCUGGAGAGCCCACAACAACAAUGUCGCUUGCCACGCAGUCCUGUUUUGAAGCCACACGUCACUUCGUGGAAAAAGGAGCAACUAUCUGCGUCGUACCCGAUCUCUCCUCAGACCUGCUGGAGAACGAGUUCGACUUGAACAGGUCCUACCCCUGUGCGCAAAGACCACUACAGAUAAGAAAUAUGUUGGAAUUGAAGCGACGUUACUAUUGCGGCUCGUCCCCGGCAAAAAAGCCCCAAUCGAAGCAUUCUGAUUGUGACACAUCUUUUGACGCCUUACCACGCUCCCCAACAAUGCCAGAGACAGAAGAUAACCUUUAUGGGGAGCUUGUUGCUACUGAUUUUGGGAUGCUUGUCUUGUCAUUGGCACUCAAUCCAGACAAAGUGCUUCUGACUGUAGAUCACAAAAGCAGAGAGAUUUUAUCAGCCAAUGAACAGGCUUACAGACUGUUUGAGUGCACUCCGGAGGAGUUGAAUGGAAAAAACUUGAUGUGCAUUUUGAAGAAAACCACUCAAGUCUUGGAAGAAGCAUUGCCUGAGGACUGUCUGCUAAUGGAUGGCAGUGUGGCAUCUGUAUCUGGGAAAGUGGUUGAUGUUGUGACCAUGUCUGGCGACAUGCCAAUGUUGGUGUGUACCCAACGAGUGUCACAGAAUGAAGACCAUCUCCUUGUCAAGAUGGUGACAGUGGAACGGAUUUCCGCUACUCUGACUUUUUCUCAAGAUGGCAAUAUUCUUACCUGUGACUCAGCAUUUGCUCAUCUCCAUGGAUACCACCAUCCCGAAGACUUAAAAGGACUUUCUGUUAUGGAGCUAAUCCCCUCUUUACAAAUCCCCCUGCACUGUCAGGCAUUGCCCAAAACGCUGAGGGUUCAGAGAGUGUGUGGUAAAGGUAGAGAGGGCGCAUUAGUGCCGCUCUGUAUAAAGCUUCAGGGGGCGGUACAGUGCGCAAGACCCCAGCAACAACGCAGCGGGAUGAGCCUCGCAUGCUCGACACAGAGCCUUUGCAGAGAAGAUGCAUACAAGGCGGAAGACUUGCAACCUGAAAAUUGUCAGCAGUCUGGAGUUGACACAGGCACCAGGGAAGACAGCAGGGUCCUUACCCCCAGCCCCACACUGGAAUACAAUGGAACCAUCUGGGCCUUUGCCCCAGUGAGCAGCCUCCUCCUCCUGCAAGCUGACGGCUCAAUCUGCAGCAUCCACAAUCAACAGGCUCUCAGUCUGUUUGGCUACAGCAAAAAACAGUUGCUAGGAAAGUGUGUCACUUUCCUCAUGCCCGGUUUCUAUGGAUGGAUGUCCGAGUCGGUCAGAAAGAUCAGUCCUUUCCCGGAGUCACAAACCGAGGCUGUCAAAAGUAUAGCCAAAUCUGUUAUCGACCCAUCCUCGCUGGUGGCUGGAGACAUGGCCAUGGUACAGGAGGCCUGCCGAGGAAGGUCCUCCACGGGGAGAGGCCGAAUCUUUACCGGGAACUGCGCCAGGCUUGACAAACGAGGAAGCGCUCUGUCCACGCUGACUUCUCCUGCUGUCUCUUCCACACGCGUGUUUAAUGCUAAUGACACUGAAGAGCUGUUGAAGCAGGCAGCCCAGGUGGUUGCUGCAACGAGCCACUCUUCAGAGAUGGGCGAUACCACUGAGGCUCUCCUGAAGACUUUUGCCUGGGUGGAGCAUCCAGAGGGAGACACCACCUGCAUGGUUUCAACUGAGCAACCAAGAGCUAAGCAUGAAGAACUGAUCCUGGAAAAUGACAUCAUUGCCGGCAGUCCUACUCAAAACGGACAUGCUUUUGGGAUUGGAGGUGUCAAGACUCUUGGUGUGGCCAAAGACAAACACUCAUGUACGUCCGUCCUGCAAGAUUCCAGCUUUGAAGUCAUUUCAAUGGGUAGCAGGUCUUCGUCUGGCUUUUGCGAAAAGCUUCCUGGCCAUGGUGGCUCUGAUCCAUGCCGGGCAGAAAUGAGCUGUUUCCUGGACAUUAACAGCAACGGCGACCUGGUGACCCGAGCGCUGGCCGACUUGGAUCUGAGCAGUGCUGUGCUUAUCAGCCUCCAAGGGGCCAGUGAGGAAAACCAACACUCCAUGACUUCUUGUGACACAGACGACCUUCUGCGCACACCCUCUCCUUGCGAGUUAGACCCGGACGAUCGCCCCGCCAACGCCGAUAAGGAGACCAAGAAUCGCUCCACUGAAGAGCAGUUGGAGAACCAGGCUGUGCCAGAUCAGUGGCACGCUCUCUCCUGCGUUCACAAAGAAAGCGGCCAGGAAUUCUGCUUGAACGGUAAUAAUGGUGAGGUUCCAUCAACAAAGGACCAUCCUGCCACGUCCACACCAAAGAAGCAGAAAAGGCAAGAGGGUGCCCUCAAGUCAGACGACCCGCCGAUACUGGAAGGACGAUUUGAAGGAAGUGCUUACCACAGAGAUGGCACAAGAGUGGAGGUGCAGUGUGACGUGGUGAGAGCUGACCUCGCCGAUGGAAAACAAAUGUUCUGCGUGUGGAUGAGCAAGCCAGGCCAGCAUUGGUCAACGUCGCAAAGCCUGCUCGACAAAUCAGCAGCCAGUCUCGGACAGAGGAUUGGAGAGGCGUGUCACGGUGAGGCUCUGCGUUCCACCCUGGACCUCGAACACUCUCGGGCAUGCGACGGGCAGUUUGCAGAAGAGUACAAGCCCAUCAAAGCUGUCGGUAAAGGAGCCUUCGGUUUUGUCUGGAAGGCAAUCAGGCGCUGUGAUGGACAAGAAACUGUAGUGAAGUUCAUCAGCAAGGCACGGAUUGUGAACGACUGCUGGGUGGACGACCCCUUGUUGGGUCGGGUCAGCCAGGAGAUCGCCAUCCUGACUCGAGUGCAACACCACAACAUCGUCAAGGUUCUGGAGGUGUUUGAGAACGGCAGUUACUUCCAGAUGGUGAUGGAGAAACACGGGGACGGUUUGGACCUCUUUGAAUUCAUCGACAUGCAGCCUCGGCUGGACGAGCCGUUGGCCAGCUACAUCUUUAGACAAUUGGUGGCGGCGGUCUUCUACCUGAGGACAAAGAACAUCCUCCACCGAGACAUUAAAGACGAGAACAUCGUCAUUGACAAAUGUUUCCACAUUCGCCUCAUCGACUUUGGCUCUGCGGCAAUGAUGGCUCCAGGGAAUCUCUUUUACACUUUCUGUGGCACGUUGGAGUACUGCUCCCCGGAAGUACUUCGAGGGAACCCCUAUAAGGGUCCCGAGUUGGAGAUGUGGUCUCUGGGGGUUUUGCUCUACACGCUGCUCUUCAGCGAGAAUCCCUUCUGUGGAGUGGCUGAGAUUCUGGAUGCCAAACUUAAGCCCCCUUUUGCACUCUCCUCAGAACUCAACAGUGUGUUACAUGGGCUGCUGAACCCUGAGCCCACCCAAAGGAUGACCCUGGACCAGCUGCUUCUGCAUUCCUGGGUCAGCCAGUCCAUUUCGCUGACCGAGUACACCUGGACGGAGGUGUUCCCUUCAGCUCAAAGCAAUUGCUCACUGCAGCGCCAUGAGUCAAUUCCCCAAAGUUAUGGCAGACAAGACUUGUUCCCAGAUCAAGGUGAUGACACUCUUCCGGAUGAGGAGGAUGAGGAAGACCGAUUGUCCAUGGUGGCUCUGGAAUCGGAGCUCCAGAAGUACCUCAAUGAAAACUAAAUAAACGCCCCGACGACUGUCCGAUGUUUAACUCUAUCGAAGUUACUGCGACAAAGUUAAAAUACAUUUUUUGUAGCAGCUUCUUUAGUUCACCUACUUUAUACAAAUUUAUUCUUUUAGUUUUUUUUAAAAAGCAUUUUGAAGCGGUAAAAUCUUAGCAGUGCCUCACACGUUUCACAAGUUCACUUUGAAUAAUUAAAACCUCAAAGAUGAGACUUCAAAUUGAAGAAAUCUUUUUUUUUUUUGUUCAAUAUUAAUUUGAUUUUAACACUAAGUGAAAUAUAGUAUAUUUAUAUCUAUUUAUUUUUAAACACAUGCAUAUUUUAUUUUGAUUUUAGAUGUUUGUCUUCUCUUCCUCUGUAAUAAAUGAAAUCUCUUUGCGUUGCAAUUUGUACAAGCAACAUGCAACGCUUAUUUUACCUCAUCUUGUGUUUUGACAUACUUUUGUGUGACAAGCAUUAUGGAACACUUAUUUUACCUCAUGUAGUGUUUUGACAUACUUUUGUGUGACUUUAUUCACAUUAAAAACUUUUGUGGAAAAAC